UCUGGUAUAAUGGUUGAAAACGAAACGGCAGGCAGAAUAAGUAACAAAAUACCCGCAAAACGCAUGUGAGCAGUGAAGAAUAAUUGAACAAUCUGAGGCUGUUUGUUUGUUUCUCCCGCUCUUUGAAAUAUCCACUCUCCUCAAUUCCGAUGAAUACCGAAUCAGUAACUGAAUUCUUGGGAUGCGUGCCGUUGCUUCAGCGACUUCCUCGCUCCUCUCUGCACAAAAUCGCUCGAUUUGUUACUGUUAAGAAUUUCGAUCGUGGAGAUUAUAUUGUUCGAGAAGGAGAUGCAGUGGAUGGAACCUACUUCAUAUGGGAAGGAGAAGCAGAAGUUUCCUCAGUCCAUGACGAGGAUGAAAGUCAUCCAGAGUUCCAGUUGAAAAAAUAUGAUUAUUUCGGUCAAGGCAUGGAUGUGUCUGUGCAGCAUGCAGAUGUUGUUGCAUUAACUAAGCUGAUUUGCCUGGUGCUUCCUCACCAGCAUUCUAAUCUGCUACAGCCGAAUUCUAUCUGGAAUGCAGAUUACUCAUCUGAGGCUUGCUCCCUUGUGGAGCAAAUACUUCACUUAAAACCUAUUGAAGUGAACAUCUUUCAGGGUAUCACUUUGCCAGAUGCUCCAAAGUUUGGUAAAGUGUUUGGAGGCCAGUUCAUCGGACAGGCACUGGCUGCAGCAUCUAAAACGGUUGAUUGCCUGAAAAUUGUUCAUAGUCUGCAUGCUUACUUUCUGCUAGUUGGGGAUUUUGAUAUUCCAAUCAUUUAUCAUGUUGAUCGUGUACGUGAUGGAAAAAGUUUUGCUACCCGAAGGGUUGAUGCAAUACAAAAGGGAAAUGUUGUGUUUUCGUUAAUUGCGUCAUUUCAGAAAGAAGAGGAAGGGUUUGAUCACCAGUUCGCAGUGAUGCCUUCUGUUCCUGAUCCAGAAACGCUUUUAUCAAUGGAAGAGUUGCGGGAGAGACGACUAACUGAUCCUCGCCUUUCCAGGACAUACCGAAAUAAAAUUGCCAGUCGGAAGUUUGUUCCGUAUCCAAUAGACAUAAGAUUCUGUGAACCAAGUACUUCAACGAAUCAGACAAAGUCUCCUCCAAGCCAGCGCUAUUGGUUUAGAGCGAAGGGAAAAGUAUCGGAUGACCAAGCUCUGCAUAGAUGUAUUGCAGCAUUUACAUCGGAUCUGGUAUUUCUCGGAGUUAGUUUGAAUCCUCAUCGCUCAAAGGGUUUGAAAACAUCAUCUGUUAGUUUGGAUCAUGCAAUGUGGUUUCACAGGCCUUUUAGAGCUGAUGAUUGGACAUUGUUUGUGAUAGAAAGUCCUGCGGCAUACAAUGCGCGUGGCUUUGUUGCAGGACAGAUGUUCAACAGGAGAGGAGAGCUGGUUGUAACGGUAACACAAGAAGGGGUAAUAAGAAAGACAAGGAGCACAGAAGAUGUAAUUGUAUCGAAGCUGUGAAGUCCUGCCCAUAGGUAUGUCGGAAGCCAUACACCGCUGGGUUCCAGGUUUACUUCAAUGAGACAUAUAUAUCUAUAUAUAUUCAAACAUGUUAUAUUUAAUGACCCAAAUGGGCAAAGUUGGUCGUCACAAAAUGAAGUAAAUUACACACGUUGGAGCUGAUUUGGAUACCAAGAACUGCAAUCAGAAGGUAUAUAAUAGAUUUGUAUUUCCCCUUCGAAUUACAGCACUCGGCUCGAGUAUUUCUUUGGCCUUCUAAUGCUUACAUUAUCGAGAGAGCAUUUGAUAGCCUUUAGUGUGCAAAUUUUCAAUUCAUUUUCAUAACCUUCUGGGACUUGAGCAGCUUCAGUUAAUUUUAUUUAUGCAGCUCAUUCAAAUAACUGUUCAUUGACCACAUUCAAAUAUUUAAUCAAGUGAGUAUCAUUCUUUUGUCAA